AACACUUAUCAGUUAGUCAAAUUCUCGUGUUAACAGAGCCACUCCCAGUGACACUACAAGCAAACAUGAGAAUCGCUAUAGCGUUAUAUCUUUCGGCUGUACUUUGUACCAUCUACGCCAAUCCAACGGACAAAUUAGAAAGUGCAAAGCUGCAAGUACAAAACGCGAUAUCGAAUGUGGAGCGUAUUAUACAGAAAAUCAGGCAUGUUUAUAUUAAUACCAAGGAAGACACUAUAAAUAGUGUCACGGAUAGAUUAUGGGAACAAAUGGAUAAUUACAGAGAUUACGUCAAUCUAUUGCUCAAGUCAAUGCAGAGAGAAGUAGAUAAUGCUAAGCGUAGAGGUGUAGAUGCGCAACGCUGCUACGACAGUAAUUCCUGGGGUGUAAAAGAGCAUUCCGAGGAGGCACACAAAGCUUCUAAGAAAUGUAAAGAAACUGCUGAAAAAAACAUCGAGAGCAGUCUCGAAUAUCUCCAUAGCUUUACAUUACUUGGAGACGAACUGAUACAACAACUAAAUAAUAUCCUCGUGGACUGUCACGACAAGGAUGAUUUUAAAAUGCACACCUGCGUCCUCAGUGAGCUCGGAAAGGCCAAUAAUUCCGUGAAGGAUUUCGAGGAUGACACCAAGUACAUCGAGUAUAGUGCUUUACCGCUGUCCAACUACGUCGUUCUACAGGCCUCCCAAUGCAUGACUAAUGCUUACUUGCUAGCACGCUUUGAAUGUCAAGGCUCACAGGACUCCAACUCCAGAUGCGUUCGCGAAGCUCUGGAGAAGAUCUAGCAGAGUUUUAUUGCUCGAAGAAAACUAGUGCAUUUGUCGAUUUAUGUUUGAAAUUACACUCGAAAGAAAAUCAUGUAUCUCAAAAAAUCAAGACAAUUUGACAACAAUGCCAUUAUGCAUUUAUACUAAACUUAUGCAAUAAAACUUCGAUUAGCGCACUUAAUGGCGCACCCUUUGUCUCGCUAAAUUUAGAACUUUAUUUAAAAAAUAAUUUUUAUGUAUAUGUUUAUGUAUAUGUAUAUUUUUAAGGGAAAUAAAA